CCGCCUGCACACGCCCGGCCCGCGCCCGGCCCGCACUUCCGUCAGGCCCCGUCUGCUCGCCCUUUGCUUUCCUUCCCCGCCGCCGGCCGCUCCGAGGGUGCAUCUCUGUCGUCGCCGGGCCCCUCGAGGCUCGCUCCGGCGCCAGAGAGCUGCACCUGGAAGAUGCGCCCGGGGACUGCGGGCACUUUGAAGAUGGCGUUCUUCUUCUUCGCCUCCAUAUGCGCCUGGUAUUCCGGCUACCUGCUCGCGGAGCUCAUUCCAGAGGUGUCCCUGACCAGUGCUGUUUAUAACAUCCGGAGGAUCUCCGAGAAGCCCCUCCUCAAGGGGAGUUUUUUGUAUACGUCUGAAGCGGUCAAUGCCUGUUCCCCACAUGGCACGUAUCACAGUCAGCGAUGAUCUGUCCUAGCUUGC